GGCGGUGGCGCGGGGGCCGAGUAGCGCGCGCAGGGGUAUAAGAGCAACCCUCGGACAGCGGCAGUGCGACUGUGCUUGUGUGAGCGACCACUACACCGGCAUCGCACCUCCGAGAGAGCGGCUCAGCUGUUGUCCAGAGUUUGCUAUCACCGAUUUGCCAGUAAUUAAACAGAGAGAGCCAACUUAUUGUAUACACAACUGAUUAUUUUCACAGGUGUCCGCAUGGCUGUGCUGCACCCUUACAUCGUGGUGGUGGCGUGCGCGCUGACUACAGGCGUGGCUGCCUACAACGACGAGCACUACCCCAUCCUGGCUCAGUUUCUGGGGGCACCCACCCCAGACUCCGAGACCACUUCCUACCUGCUUCCCCGCCUCGCCCACAAGUACCGACCCUCCGAGGGAGGCUGGAUCGGCGUCACCGACCCUGAACUUUACAUGCUCACCGAGAAAGAGGACGAGGAAACACAAGAGAAUAAACGGCGACUCAAGCGGACCGGACUGGGCGGCGGCCCUUCCCUCUCCAUCGUCAACCCUCUGGAUGUGCUGCGGCAGCGACUGUUACUGGAGAUAGCGCGUCGCCGCAUGCGUCAGUCUGAGGAGAAGAUAGCGGAGAACCGCAAGUGGCUCAAAACCAUCGGCAAGCGAUCCGUGUCCGCCCAGCAGGACGAGGACAGUCUCGAGGAUGCAGCAAACAGACUGGUGUCUGGUGAAGUAACAAGUGGACAGGCUGCGUCGCCGCCUCGCUGGUCGAGCGCUUCGUAGACACCCGCUAUGCUCCCGCGCAGUUUUCGUCGACCCCACCUCAGCAUUUGAUACGUUUCUUUGUAUCUGUAAAUUAGCUUCUAUUGUAAGUAGUGUUAAUGUACAUUUAUUGAUCAAAUUAUUUGUAUUUAUAGAGUAAGGUUUUAACGAAGCUUCUCACCCAUUCCCAUAUGUGGAUAUUUUUCAUAGUUGUGCUAAAUGAUACAAUAUAAAUAUAUAUUUAUUUUAUAUGUUUAUUUAUUAAUGGAUAUAUGAUAAUAUUUUUGUGUAUUGCGUAUUUUUGUUUAUGUGAUAUUGUAAAAAGAUUGUACCUGGAGAAAUAAAAUGUUUGAAGUAUAAUUUCAAACAA